AUGCAGACCUUGAUCGACUACGGUGUAUCGGUGGAAGAACUGUGCGCUACUAUCAAAGCACGCCGGAUGGAGGAGCAGAACCACAAUUCAUCACUUAUGAAGGAGCUCGUCGAUCGCCUUCCACCGUGCCUUAAACUAAUGUGGGGUAUUCAUAAAGAGUCCAAACUAAUUUCCUCUUCGUUACAGGAAUAUGGCACGUGGAUGAGAACAAUAACUAAUGCGGCCGUAUCCGUCACACCGCCACCACAGCAAUCUACAAAAAGGAGCGAUACAAAAUACGUCAACACCCAUACGGAGCCACGAACAAACAGACCACCUACGCGCGAUGACUUUUCAUGUCUCAUAUGCCAGAAGGAAGAGUGUCGAAGCGGGCCCGACUGUGAUAAGUUGCUUUCGUCUUCUACAAAUGAAAGAUGGGGCUACGUGCGACGGUAUCGCUUAUGUAGAAGGUGUCUCUGGAAGCAUCCUGGACGAUGCCACAUCGCAUCACCAUGUAACAAGAACGGAUGUUCCAUGUUCCACCAUGAAUUGCUGCACGGGGAGACUAUCGCCCGCGACUCUAUGACAACUUUCGCUCACAACUGCACUUCGGAAAAGUCCUUGCUAAAAUACGUUCCAGUAACACUCUACGGCAACGGCAAGAAUGUAAACACCUUUGCGCUUCUCGACGAUGGUUCUUCCGUUACGCUGAUGGACCACGCGUUGUUGGACGAGCUAAACCUGAAAGGCACCCUUAGUCCCAUCUGCCUGAGCUGGACGGGAAACCAAACAAGAGAAGAGACCCGCUCGCAUACAGUUGCCGUUUGCAUCUCUGGCGACGACAAGGAUGGAAAAAGGUACACGAUGUCAAAAGUGCAUACCAUCUCCAAGUUAGCGCUUCCCACGCAAUCACUGCCGUUACCAGAGCUAGCAGAAAAGUACGACCACUUGCAAAAGUCCAACGCUCGCAGCUAUCACGAGGUAGCACCGCGGAUUCUGAUUGGUGUCGACAACUUCUUCCUGACAAGACCACUGAAAACAAUCGAAGGAGCUGCCGGGGAACCAAUUGCUACCAAAACUCGUCUCGGCUGGGUCGUUUGCGGCCCUCAUGACCAGCUUACGACCCAAAAGGACGCAGAAUCGCGCGGUGUUCAUCUAUGUACAUGCACUAAAUCCGAUGAAGAUAUCGAUGCAGUGUUACGUGAAAUAUUUUCUUCGGAAAAGCACGAGACAUGUCACGCCAAUUCCGUUUUGUCCAAAGAUCAUGAACGAGCCUACGCCUUAUUGGAUGCGCAUACGAAGUUCGUCGAUGGCCGAUUCGAAACCGGGCUGCUGUGGCGAUCAGACAACGUAAGCUUACCAGACAGCCGACGCAUGGCCUUGCGCAGACUGGAGUGCCUGGAAAAGCGAUUGAGGAGAGAUAAGAAUCUUGCCGCGGUGAUCAAUCAGAAACUGGAAGAAUUCUUGAAAAAAGGGAAGUGGUAUCUGCCAAUAUUUCCCGUUAUCAACCCAAAUAAACCCGGGAAGGUGCGCCUGGUGUGGGAUGCAGCUGCCGCGGUGAAGGGAACAUCUUUAAACACGAGCUUACUAUCUGGUCCUGAUCUGCUGACACCUUUACCAUCAGUGCUUUAUCGUUUCCGAGAAUACCGUUUCGCUGUCGCUGCUGAUAUUAGAGAAAUGUACCAUCAGGUGGUGAUACGCAAGGAGGAUGAACAUAGUCAGCGCUUCCUUUGGAGAUGGGGCGACGCCGAACAAGAGCCAGAAGAGUUCGUGAUGACCAGAAUGACGUUCGGCGCAACUUGUUCACCAGCCAGCGCACAAUACGUAAAGAACGUCAACGCUGAUCGAUUCAUCGAAAAGCUCCCUCAGGCCGUCAGGUGCGUAAAGGAACAACAUUACGUGGAUGACCUUCUAGUUAGUACUGAAUGCGAAGAUGAUGCCGUACAACUAGCUACAGAGAUACAGUACAUCCAUAGUCAAGGCGGUUUUCAGCUCCACAACUGGCUUUCCAACUCGAAUAAGGUCGCAGAAAAGUUUUCGGGAAACGUGGUACAGCAACGACACUUCCAUUCGGAUCCUGUGACCUGCGUGCAAAAAGUGCUCGGGAUGUGGUGGAACCAGCAAACAGAUACCUUCAGUUUCAAGAUGCAUCCCAAACGCGACAAUGACAUCCUGGAUGGAGAAACGAUACCAACGAAGCGACAAAUCUUGCGUGUGCUCAUGAGUAUGCAAUCUUACAAGAAGUUUGGAGGUCAGGAACUGCUUGGGACGAAGAAAUUUCUCAAGAUAUGUGGCAGAAAUGGAAAAUAUGGCUGA